ACGUUAUUAAUGUUAGCAUGGUAAUGGAUUCUGCUGGGACGAUUCUUCUCAGUUUUUGUGUCAUUCUCCUGCUUUAUGUAUUAGUCAAAUGGGGGGGCAGCAGCAAACAUAAACAUCUGCCCCCCGGACCAACGGCAUUUCCAUUGCUGGGCAAUUUUUUACAGGUCGGCUUUACAGAAGUUCCUGCGUCCCUUGUUCGGCUAAGUAAAACCUAUGGACCUGUGUACACCGUGCAUCUGGGUGGUCAUCGAUCAAUCAUCCUCACUGGGUACGAUGCUGUGAAGGAAGCAUUAAUUGACCACAGUGAUGUUUUUAGUGACAGAGGAGAUGGAGGGGUUUCACAGAUGCUAUUUAAAAAUUAUGGUGUUAUUCUGAGCCACGGAGAGAGGUGGAAAACAAUGCGGAGAUUUACUCUUACGACUCUAAGAAAUUUUGGGAUGGGGAAGAGAAGCAUUGAAGAAAGGAUACAAGAGGAAGCCCGAAGCCUGGAAGAAGCCUUUCUAAAGAAAAAAGAUGAACCAUUUGAUCCAAUGUACCUGCUGGGACUAGCUGUCUCCAAUAUCAUCUGUUCCAUUAUUUUUGGGGAGAGAUUUGACUAUGAGGAUGGGAAAUUUAUGACUCUACUUAUGUACCUUAGAGAGUUUUUCCAAUUGCUGAACUCUUUCUUUGGAAUGCUUUUCAAUUUCUUUCCAAACAUGUUUUGCUACAUUCCUGGCCCCCACCAAAAGCUUUUCAUGUAUUUUAAUAAACUAAAAGAGUUUGUGAGGGAUGAGGCAAAAUCUCACAAAGCUACGCUAGAUGCAAACUGUCCAAGAGACUUUAUUGACUGCUUCCUGAUAAAAAUGGAGGAGGAAAAAAUUAAUCCUAACAGUGAAUUUCACAAUGAGAAUUUGUCUGGAAACAUCAUCGAUUUGUUUUUAGCUGGGACAGAGACCACAAGUUUGACACUGAGAUAUGCCUUACUUAUUUUACUCAAGUACCCAGAAAUUCAAGAAAAGGUCUAUAAGGAGAUUGAUCAAGUUAUAGGCCAAGGCCGCUGCCCAUCAGUCGAGGACAGGAGCAAGAUGCCAUAUACUGAAGCUGUAAUCCAUGAGGUUCAACGAUUUGCAGACAUUAUUCCACUUGGAUUGGAACAUGCAGCCAGCAAAGACACAAUCUUUAGAGGAUAUUACAUUCCCAAGGGAACUUUGAUAUUUCCAGUACUAACCUCUGUGCUUAAGGAUCCUAAAUACUUCAAAAAUCCGGAUCAGUUUGACCCUGGGCACUUUCUAGAUGAGAAUGGCCUCUUUAAGAAAAAUGAUGCUUUUCUCCCAUUUUCCUCAGGAAAACGUAUGUGCGCAGGGGAAGGACUGGCUCGGAUGGAGCUCUUCAUAUUUCUUACUGCCAUUUUACAGAAAUUCAUUUUAAAAUCCACUGUGGAUACAGGAGAUAUUAAAAUUACCCCAGAACCUAACACCAAUGCUUCACGACCGUGGCCCUACAAAAUGUAUGUCGUCCCUCGUAGCUGAACCAUGAUCUGAUGAAGACAAGCACUUUAGCAUCACCAAUGAUCUACUGUAUAUUUUCCAGCUAUAAUGAUAGUCUAAAUAAUGCACACUUUAUGAAAUAUGAUCUCCCUUGUAUGAGCCUUUCUAGAAAUCUUUAUUUUGUUUAGGUUAAAAAAAGGUCUGUCACCCUAUAAGAUAAUUCCAAAUACUUUUUUAUUUCUGUUAACAAAAUAAGCUUUACCUAUGCUAAAA